GUAUGGAUGCUACAUACCCAGUUUUAUCGACUUCUCCACAAUCUUCACAUUGGCAAUAGAUGUGUCCAAUCAGUCAGCUGUUUCACCCCAAUCCUAUCAUUCCAGGAGCCAGGCGGCAUUAGUCAAUAUCACUUCCGUGAAUAACAGCCCUUGCCUGCAGCAUGGCGUGUGUCUGAACAAUGCCACGUGUGUAGUCACUGCUGACGGUACUGCCACAGUGUGUCUGUGUCCAAGUGGAUUCACAGGGAACUCUUGUCAAACUGAUAUUGAUGAGUGUGAAGUGAUGCCAUGUCAAAACAAAGCGCACUGUACUGAUCACAUCAACAACUUCACAUGCGUGUGUGUUCCUGGUUUCACGGGAUCCAACUGUGAAAUCAACCUGGACGAAUGUCUGACCAUGCCAUGUGGCAGUGCAGCAACAUGCAUAGAUCAAGAGAAUGCAUUCACGUGUGUAUGCGCAGCAGGAUUCACUGGAGAGUACUGCCAAACUGAGACUCAAGUCUGUGCUUUCUCGGAAGGUAUUCAUAUCACGGAUGCUGCACAACUGGCUGAGCACAUCUCUACAUGCCAUCAGAUCAUUGGUCCAGUGACAGUGGAGUGUGUGGAUCAGGAGAAGUGCUCAAUACAUGAUUUACAUGCCUUCGCUAAUGCAAGGGAUAUAGAUUCGCUGGUAGUGAGGAACACUGCUAUUAGCAAUCUAUCUGGCCUCCAAGAACUGGACACAUUGAAUGAGUUAAAUCUUGAAAGAAACCCUCUCCUGAUGUCAUUGUCUGGUCUCUUUGACCCUACUCUGCCAAGCUGCUCCGUUACCAUGCGUUCACUCACUAUAAGCGGAAAUCCAUUGCUCACUGAUUUGACUGGUCUAAAUGACAUUGCCUCAGUCACCAACCAGCUGCUGCUUCAGGACCUAAAUAUUACAACGCUGACUGGCCUGGCUUGUCUGAGGACAGCUGGUGGUUUGUCCAUCAUCAAUGCACAUUGUCUACACUCUCUACAUGGGCUUAACAGCAUUGAAACGCUUGGAACAUUAGUUCUGCGUGCGAAUCCGGCUCUGGCAUCACUUGAUGAACUUGAAAGUGUGCACACCAUCUCGGAUUUCCUCAGUAUAACUGCGAAUCCCGUCUUGUCUAGUCUGCAAGGACUGCGCAGUCUUGUCCAAACGGGAUUUGUGGUUACCAUCAGUGAUUUUUGUCCAAUUGCCCUCGGCUCACUGCCUGUCAAUCAGACCUUUGUUGAUGCGCGCUUCUUCUGUGACCUUCCAGCCGAGUCCAAUUUCAUUCUGAACAUUUCCAUGCGUGACUCCUGCCAAACAGAAAGCGAAGGAUGCUCACGUCCAUGAAUGCGCCAGCUUCUAACAGUUUCAUUCUCCCAAUGCUUGCUUCAUCUCCAAUCUGCUACGCACACCCUACACACCAUUUUCAGCCUCCUGGCUGCAAACGUUACUUCUCGUAGGCCUGGUUUGGUCAAUGGUCAUGCUUCUGCUGGUACAAAUAUAUAUUUUCUUUUGCUGGUGAUAUUCCAUGAAUUGUAAGAACAUGCGCGUGCUACUUCACAAAUGCACUGUAACAACAGGCACAACUGUUUCUCUCCCAUUCCACAAACAUGCAGUUAUUUUCACAGCUAUGCACUUGCACUAACCACAUAGCACCCAUAGGCGGUUCCGCUGUACGCUUAGCGCCCAUAACUGCACUGCAUAAGCGAAUCCGCUGAUUCACGUUGUAUAGUUAGCGCCCGUAAGCGGUUCCUUUGACUCACCCCUGAAAUCAUUGGCAUUUUAACCUCAAGAGGUACGCAAAAGGAAGUACAACAGGGCCAUAUCGUUGUUACUCUGAGUUUCAUGCUAAAAUGUCUCAUGAUUGCUUUUUCCAUGAAACUCUAACCAAAGAAACAGAGCACUAUUAAUUUGUAUCCUUCUUUUAUCAUGCAGUUGCAUGAAGUCCACAAACUUCUUACUUAUUAGUAGCUAGUUCCUCGAAAUUGGGUGAUCUCAUUUCUCACGGAAGUCCCACUGUACAUGGACCAUAAUGGUGACCCCUGGGCCCUGGUGACAUGUAGCGUAUUGCCUUUAGAUCUAGAUCUGCAUUUUAAUAUUCAAUGAUGAUUUGUAACAUUGUUCAGUAUAUCCGAGUGUACAUGAUUGUACAC